GAUGUUAGGCACCGCUGUAGGAGAAGCCAGUACUGUUCUUGACACGAUGAUAGCUACACGCACGCUUGUUGUUCUCCUGGUUGUCGGUGUUGCGUUAGCGUCGCCGCACGUGCGCAGGCGGCGGCAACUGCCUGACGAUAAUACUCUUCAGCCGAUUGAGGAUGCUGAGGGGGACGAGCAGACCAGGGAGAAGAGGAAACUGGAGGGGGUCACUCAGGCCAAGUUGGGAAUCAAGAACGCUGUCCUAGGCUUUGUCUUUGGUAAAAUCAACCAACUCAUCGACGCAAAGACGAGAUUCGUGGACACCCUGGACAAGAAGAAUAUUGAAAUCAACAAGCAGUACGGAAUCGAGCCCCCGCAAAACGGUCUAUCGUCCAUUGGUGGCGUGGUCACCCAGUUCCUCCAGCCGAAGCUACAGUUCAUUGGCCCCAAAGUCCAGGCCGUGUCAUCCUUAUUUGGGGGGUCUUCAGGAAGCGGGAGCUCUGGCGGACAAGAGUGGCACUACAUCGCGCCGCCAAGCUCGGGACGCGAACUCCGAAACCCCGACGAAGUUAUCGUUGAUUGGUCCGACGGCCACGGACACGGACCGUCCGACCAGACAGGCGGACGACAUCCCAGUGUUCGACAGGAACAAAGUCAGCCUGGACUUCCCCGGGAAUUUGUUUGGGCCGUCCGUGUCCCUACUCAUCAAGACUACUAAGAUCAUUGGCGAUGUUAUACAGAACUCCGCAGUCCGCUACCAGUCGUUCCUGAGGCUGUUCCAGCCGCUGUUCCGAGGCCCCUUCGAGAUCAAGGGUCUGGAUCCGCCCACCACAACCACAACCAAGGCACCGAAAACAUCAGAUAACGAAGUGCGACGUCGAUAAAUAGUUUUAAAACAGCCUGUUUCAAUUUCAAUGUAGCAAUUAGAGAAUAGCUAUGACUGCAAUUUUUCAAUAUGUACCUACCUUGUCAGUCCUUACAAAAGUUUACAGAAAACUAUACUGAGGCCCGAUUCUAACGCAAUCUAAGUUCAAUGUUUUUUUUUCCAAAUUAAAAACAAUAAAAUAAAUACAGGUUUUAAACAAAUCCACAAUGGAAGAAGUACGAAAAAUGAUACGUUGUUGGAUUGGGAACUGGGAACGCAGAAACUGUGUCUUUAGAAAUUUGAUGAAAUUAACUUUAGUUGCAUGAUUCAAUUGUUUAAUGCUUUAUAUUUUUACUCGAUACGGUAAUUUUGAUUGUUGCAUUGUUAAUAAAUCCUUACUGUUUCUAUGGUUGGAUGAAAUAGGCUAUAAUAACAUUUAAAGAAAAAAUAUAAUCCCCCACCUUAUUUACCUAUACUCAAUUUUUAAAGCAUAUACUCGUAUAUUCUCUUUGAAUAGACAAAUUUGCAGUCAACAUGUAUCAAUAAAUUCAACAGGUGUAGUAAAUAAGAGCAAUAAAAAAAUUACAGUUACAAUCUUAUUAAUAUAUUGCGUAGUAAAUUUUGAUUGGUAAGAAAUAAAAAUAUCUAUUCUUCGAUAAAUUUUGUAUACAUGAAGCAAUUUAUUAUAAUAAAGUAAUAUAACAGCAAAGUGCCAAAAAAAUCAUUUAGGUUGGUUUUAACAUUUAGUAUCGUUACAUUUAACAUUUAGGAUCUUUUUAAAAUUUGGGAUAUAAAAAGAUGUUAAAAUUUUUUCACGACCACGAAAUUGUUAUGGCGCACUUUUUUCACACACGUUAAUGGUAUAAAAGAGGCUCUAGAGGCUCCAUCUUAGGGGUUAAUAAGUGAUUAAAUAAAUAUGGAAAUGGGUUUAAAUAUCCUAUUUUAAGUCAUUAAUAGUGUAAUAAUGAAAUGGUAGUUACCAGAUGACCAAAUUAGUAGGUAUGUGACUAGAUGUGUCAAUAAAUAUACUUAAUUAUUUUAUUGUAAUUAAUAUUUUGAGUCAAGGAACAUUUUUCAAAUGGUAGAGGCUGAAUAAAACUUUGUUAUUUAAUUAGAAA